GCUGGCGGCUGGCGGCUGGCGGCAUGGGCAGCAGGGCGGGCCCGCGGCGCCUGCGGAGCUAGUGAGUGAAGAGCGGCGGCGGUCUGUCCGCGGCAGCAUCCUCGUGCUGGGCUGGGCGUGAGCGCGGCGCCCGGGCUCCGCCGUCCUCGUGCCUCUUCCGCCGGGGUCGCCAGGGCCGGGCCCGGGAGCCCACCGGCGCCACCCUGGGCCCAGAGCACUCGCGGGCCUCCCGGCCAAUGAUUCAGAAGUCGCGCCCGGCGCUGCUGCCGUCCCAGGAUGUGGGCGACACGGUGGAAACGCUCAUGCUGCAUCCGGUGUUCAAAGCUUUCCUCUGUGGCUCCAUCAGUGGGACCUGCUCCACCCUGCUCUUCCAACCUCUGGAUCUCCUUAAAACGCGCCUGCAGACACUCCAGCCCCCCGGCCAUGGGUCCAGACGUGUUGGGAUGCUGGCUGUGUUCCUGAAGGUGGUUCGCACGGAGAGCCUUCUGGGCCUUUGGAAAGGGAUGUCCCCUUCCAUCGUGAGAUGUGUCCCUGGCAUGGGAAUCUACUUCGGUACUUUCUACUCUCUGAAGCAGUAUUUCUUGCGGGGCCAUCCCCCUACUGCCCUGGAGUCGGUCAUCCUCGGUGUGGGCUCUCGCUCCAUUGCGGGGGUCUGCAUGUCCCCCAUCACCGUGAUCAAGACACGCUACGAGAGCGGGAGGUACGGCUACGAGAGCAUCUAUGCCGCCCUGAGGAGCAUCUACCGCAGCGAGGGGCACCGGGGCCUCUUCAGCGGCCUGACGGCGACGCUCCUGCGUGACGCGCCCUUCUCAGGAAUCUACCUGAUGUUUUACAACCAGACCAAAGGCCUAGUGCCCCACGACCAGUUGGACGCAGCCCUUGCUCCUGCUGUAAACUUUGGCUGCGGGGUAGUUGCUGGUAUUCUGGCCUCUCUGGUGACUCAACCUGCAGACGUUAUCAAAACCCACAUGCAGCUCUCCCCGGCGAAGUUCCAGUGGAUUGGCCAAGCGGUGACCCUCAUUUUCAAAGACUACGGGCUGCGUGGCUUCUUCCAAGGCAGCGUCCCCCGGGCUCUCCGCAGGACUCUGAUGGCUGCGAUGGCGUGGACAGUCUAUGAAGAGAUGAUGGCCAAGAUGGGCCUCAAGUCCUGACGGAGGAGGGUGGGCAAGGGUGGAACCUGUGCCCUGGUCGCUUUCUUCCAAGGGCUGCUGCAUCCCACUACCCUGCAGUCAGACGAAGGCCUACCUGGAAGGCGGGCAGAAAAGUUGUGGCCUUCAGCCACCCUGUUCAAGGAGAGAACAGAUGGGCCCGACCACCACCGAGGCGUCCCCCUGGGGCGUCGUGCAGAGGCGUUUCCGGAGGGAGCUCUGUCGGAUGUGCUCCGUGGAUGUGUUCUCUGGUGAGGAAUCAGCGCCAGAGAAGCUGGGGGCCUCCUGCUGUGCCAGAGGCACCCGUGCCGGCUGUCAGAGGCGGUGUCAGGGUGAGGAAGAGCGGACGGCAUUGCUUAACUGGCUCCCCAGCCACUUCUCAGAAGCUCUGGAGAAUGGAGACAGUGGCUUCCCUACUUCUUAAUGUCCAAAUAAAAUGUUCCUGAUCUUGCCCCUGCACUGUUUCCAUGCUAAGUUCUAACAUUUUCCUGCAACUAAAGCGUUGUGUAUAUGUACAGACACAUGCAUUUAUAUAUGUGUGUAUAUACGUAAAU